GGGGCGGGCCCGGGAGCAGCUUCUCGCGAGAUCAACGCAGGUAUCGGUGCAGCAAGAUGGCGGCGCCGGAGACGCAGGCGGCGCUUCCUGGUUCCGGCCCGGAGCAGCAGGUAACGAGUAAUGGAACCGUGGCGGGGGCCCCGACUGCAGAGACCCAGCAGCAGAACCAGCCCCAGCAACAAGCUCCCAAUGCCUGGCAGGUCAUCAAAGGAGUUUUGUUCAGGAUCUUCAUCAUCUGGGCCAUCAGCAGUUGGUUCCGUCGUGGGCCGGCACCACAGGAUCAGAGUAGCGCUGGCGGAGCACCCCGCGUUCCGAGCCGCAACCUUUUCCCUAAAGACACUUUAAUGGAUCUUCAUGUUUAUAUCUCAGAGCAUGAGCACUUUACAGAUUUUAAUGUCACCUCAGCACUGUUUUGGGAGCAACGGGACCUUGUCUAUGGUGACUGGACCAGUGGUGGUUUUUCUCCUGACGCUGGAUAUUGGGCCAUAGAAUGGAGCACUGACUUGGAGAGCGUGCAGCAUAAUGGCUCCAUGUAUGUCCAUGUGUUUUUUACGAAGAGUGGCUUCCAUCCGGAUCCCAAACAGAAGAACUUGUACAGAAGACUUGCUACGGUUCACACAUCACGAAUGAUAAAUAAAUAUAAACGUCGACGGUUCCAGAAAACCAAGAAUCUUCUGACAGGGGAGACAGAAGCAGAUCCAGAAAUGAUAAAGAGAGCAGAAGACUUUGGCCCUGUGGAGGUGAUCUCACACUGGCACCCUAAUCUCACCAUCAACAUAGUGGACGAUCAUACUCCCUGGGUGAAGGGUAGCGUGCCACCGCCUCUGGACCAAUAUGUGAAGUUCGAUGCGGUCAGUGGUGACUACUACCCCAUCCUGUACUUCAACGAUUACUGGAACCUGCAGAAGGAUUACUUCCCCAUCAACGAGACAGCGGAGCGGCUACCUUUCCGCCUCUCCUUCUGCCCACUCUCGCUGUGGCGCUGGCAGCUCUAUGCCGCACAGAGCACCAAGUCUCUGUGGAACUUCCUGGGAGAGGACUUGUACGAGCAAUCGGAUGAGGAGCAGGAUUCUGUAAAGGUUGCUCUUUUGGAGACCAAUCCAUAUCUACUGGCUUUGACCAUUAUCGUUUCCAUAGUUCACAGCAUAUUUGAGUUUCUUGCCUUCAAAAACGAUAUCCAGUUCUGGAACAGCAGGCAGUCUCUAGAGGGGCUCUCCGUCCGCUCUGUGUUCUUCGGGGUAUUUCAGUCACUUGUGGUCCUUCUCUACAUCCUGGACAAUGAAACUAACUUUGUGGUUCAAGUCAGCGUCUUCAUCGGGCUCCUCAUAGACCUCUGGAAAAUCACAAAAGUCAUGGAUGUCAGGCUGGAUCGAGACGACAAAGUUGCUGGGAUUUUUCCACGUUUAACCUUCAAAGACAAAUCAACAUAUAUAGAAUCGUCUACCAAAGUCUACGAUGAUAUGGCAUUCCGGUAUCUCUCGUGGAUUCUCUUCCCCUUGCUCGGCUGCUACGCUGUGUACAGCUUGCUGUACAUGGAGCACAAGGGCUGGUACUCGUGGGUCCUGAGCAUGCUCUAUGGCUUCCUUCUGACGUUCGGUUUCAUUACGAUGACUCCGCAGCUGUUCAUUAACUACAAACUGAAAUCAGUAGCCCACCUGCCCUGGAGGAUGCUCACCUACAAAGCACUCAACACCUUCAUCGAUGACCUCUUUGCCUUUGUGAUCAAAAUGCCCAUGAUGUACAGGAUAGGCUGCCUGCGAGACGAUGUCAUCUUCUUCAUUUACCUCUAUCAGCGCUGGAUCUACCGGGUGGAUCUGACGCGUGUCAACGAGUUUGGGAUAAGUGGGGAGGGCCAAGUCCCUCAGCUAACACAAGGUACCACUCCAGCGGACUGUGCCCCUGCACUGCUACCCGAUGGGGAGGCAACAAGCAUGCAGGGGGUGAUAAAGGAGGGCCUGGCUGAUGGCUCCCCUGCACCAGUAACGGAGAACGUGGUCGAUGGCUCCCCUGGGGCCCAGAUGGAGAAAACAGCAGAGGACAAGAAAAAGGACUAACCUGCUCUAACUUUAAUUUUUAAACAAAGCCUAACUUUCCACUCUCCCCUUUGGAUACUGGACAGAAAGCGAAGUGGGGAAGCUGCUAUGGUCCUCUGGCUCCAAAGCUUUUUAUUUUCUAUUCCAGUAACUUUGGGGCGGGUAGGGAUUGAGAAUUUGGUGACCUUCAUGUGAUGUGCUGUAUCCAUGGGAGAGAACCCCCGUAUCUCUGUAUUUAAAGUCAAACUCAUCCAGUAAUCAUUGUGAGCGCCGUUCCAUUGUGCAGGUGUUUAGGACAUUAAGGAGUUUCUCAGAGUUGUCUCUGUUUCAUAAAGAGAGCUGAUUAUCCGAACAAGUCCCAUUUCUCAGCAUUGCACUCUACUAUGGACUCUGGAUUGAAUAAAUUCAUAUGGGUGUUAAGUUAAA